AGAGAAAUACGUUUGAAGAAUGCCAUUAGUUGAAAUUUAUUUUGCUAAUUCUCGCGGUUGAACGACGUCGUGGAGUGAUCUCAUCUGGGACGUGGUGCGUGACACAUGCGGAAUGCUAGCAAAAUCGAUCCAGCUUGUUCGUCCAUCAGCAAUGCCAUGAGGAAGAUAUCCACGAUGGACGCUGCGGUGCAAACGGAGCCGUUGGCGUUGUUCUUCGCCUUGGACUCUUGCGGGGACUGGCGAGCUCAUGGGCAAUUCAACGAGAAGCAGCGCGAAGUCUUGAACGAUCUUGAGAAAGUUCUGAAUAAGACUAACCUGGACAGUUUGAAGGCAUCUUUCGGUGAAAUGAUGCCUUCUAUGCAACUCGUGCAUUCCUCUACAUCAGCUGAUAAUCUCGAGAACGAUAUGAACGCAGUAUCGUCGACGAAAACUUCACCUGUUAAGGAGGACACGCAGAGGGUAGAUAAAAAGCAAGACGACUUCAAAGCAUUUGAUCGUGAAAAACCUACCCGAAAAAAUACUUCGAAAGCGUCGCCGACUUUUAAAAGACUUGUCAAUGGCUUGAGCUUUGGACAGCUGGAUGACUUAGAGCAGAUUAUAAAAAAUUCUAGCACUGCUGGGUCUGAAGAAAACGUGGGUGUAAUUUCCAAGGAACUUCAGAGCUUCAAAUCGGUAUCAGCUGAAGAUAUUUCAAAUGCCUCACAGCUGGUUUCGAUAAAGAAAUAUUGCUUGAACGCGGAAGCGAAAGAAUUUGUGCCUCAAAAUGUCAGUGUUGCCGAUGUAGCCGAAGACAAAGCAUCGGAAGCAACUGUUACUGCUUCCUGCGGCAGCGAAAUUCAAAAAAGGACUGCGUCCAAGUCGAAAUCCAAUGAAUCUCAUGAAGUCUCGAAGCAAGCUCCCAAGAGAGAGUGGAUUAAAAAGUCGGAUUCCCUGAAGCACAAACUCGCUCCAAAACUUGCAUCGUCAGAAGUGCCAUCCGGGAAAACCUCCGAAUGUGUUUCAAAAGACGUUUCAGGUCCAGAAGCCCACCAAGUUGUUUCUCUAGAAAGCCCGGAAGCUGAGGUUUCAAAAAUUUCGAAUAUCACGAGUACGGAUGAAAAAUCUUUAUCGGCUCCUUCCACGGAUGUUUCAAUCUCAGUGUCGCCUGUUGAACCAAGUGUCGGCGAAGCGAAUGUUUCACUGAAGCAGAAUUCUAACCGAAGCUCGUCGAAGAGCAGUCUGCAAGUAAAUCCAUCCCCGGAAAAUAAACCCGCUGUUGACGUUGUUCCAAAAAUUCCUGUGAAGCCUCCGGGUUCCCCGAAAGCUACAAAAUUAUCGACAACGAAGCCAGAAGUUAAACAGACUGCGUGGAACAAACCAGCCUGGCUAAAGAGACAACUUCAGGAUGCAAAAGAAGAAGGGAAGCAUCCAAGUUCUGUUUCCAGACCAGUCGUACGCAAUGUGGGCAAUCAAGUGCCAGGACAUUUUGUUAAGCCUGUUGUACGUCGAAUCGUUCCCAAAGUUCCGACGACGAGCGUGAAAACUGCGUUGUCCUCGUCGAGUUUGAGUAGUUGUAGCACAACUAGCAGCGGAGAUGUCGCGUCUAAACGCAAACGCAUUGUGGACGAUGACGGUUGGGAAACCGUCAAGGGCAGGUCCAGGUCUCGAAUAUCUCCAGUCAAAAGCAUGAUGGAGUCCAGUAACGACGUGUCGCGUUCUUCUGAGAACAUUUUGCGCAGGAGUUCGGUUGCAAGUUCUGUUCGCCCUCGUCCUGCCCAUGAAAGGUUUCUUCUGCCUUCGGGGGCCGUGUCGUUACCGUCUGUCGUCGUCAUAGACGAUGUCUGUGACGAUCGGUCUUCUCAUAGCACGGUUUCGAAGCAGGCAUCUCUGGGGACUGGUCCUGUCGAGGAACUCAAAACCGAAAAAUCAUUGGAGGCUCGUGUUGUGAGCGAGUCUGAAGUUACGAAGAACGCCGACCCGAAGAAGCAACGACCGUCACCAAACAAUGAAAGGGCGUUGAAGAAAAAGACUAAAAAGAAGAGCCAAGAAGACAUAAGCAGCCGAGUCGCAGCUCCGGUGUCGGAGUCCAAGUCUUCGUCGACUGGGGUUGGAAUCGACGUUAGUCAGCGUGUGGGAAAGAGCUCUGCAUCCCUGGGUGUCCUUACUGUCCUUGAUUCGCCUAGAAGCCCCGAACUUAACCCUGACGCUGAUGCCAUUUUAGACGCUCAGGAUGACGAAGAGUUGAAGGCCAACGAACAGGCUUUCGCUAGUGUCGUGAAGGAAGAAGAAACGCUGGAAGAAGCCAUGCGAUUGGAAUUCGAGAAAGGAGCUGCGGAAGAAGCCGCCGAAAGGGAACGGCUGACGAACGGGGUUUCAACAGAAGAUGAAGUUGAUGAUCACGUACAUUCGAUUGACGAUUCUGGGGACUUGGAGCAGCUGAAGGCAUUAUCCGUUACUUAUGAUGGCAAAUUGGGGCGUCAAUCCAGCCGUGUUUUCCAUAUUCACGAGAAGCUGUCUUCCCCUUCGAGAAGAACAACGGCGGAAGAAUGCAUGAAGCGACGAGAGGAACGGCAGGCAAAAGCGGACGAAUUGAGGCAAUCACGACUUCAGAGUCACAAGGAGAAAAUGGAAGAACUGACGCGAAAAAUUGAGGAAGUGCGUGCUAUGAAAAGCAGAUUGCUGGAGAAGAACCGCAUGACGACUGAAAGAAAGCUGAAGAGAGCGGAAGAAAAGCGCAAAUUGCAUCUACAAAGCAUAGUGAAGAAAGCUCACGAUGAAGAAGAAAAAGCGAAAGAAAUCGCCUUCAUCAAUUCUUUGGAGGCCUCCAACAAGCGUCAAGAAAUAAACCAGCAACUGCAGAUCGUGGAAGCACGACUGCAAGAAAAGAACGACGAACGCCAGAGGAAGAACGAGGAGAAAGCUGCUAAAGAAGCUGCUGCCGAAGAGCGUCGUAAAGUGAUGGAAGCCGAACGCCUCGCUCGAAUUGACGUGAUUGUCAAAAAGCGAGAAUAUCGCGAGCGACAAAUUGCCGAAGACAUGACGCGGAAAGAAGAACUCCGGUUACAACUGGCUCGAGAAAAAGCUAGAUCCCGAGAAGAACGAGUAUCAGCCAUCAAUGCGAAGCAGAUUGCAGAUGCGCAAAAACUACAGCGGAAAAUCGCGUUGAAGCAUGAAGAAAGCGCGAGGAGACACGAAGAGAAGAUUGACGAUAUUCGACGAAAAGCGUUCGAGUCGACGGUGUUGAAAUAUUCGACAGCGAGUGACGAUUCUCCGACGCUGGUGUCGUAUGAGACAGCGAAGAUGUGCACGCUGUGUCAAGUUAUCAUCGGAUCUGAAAUCUACUUGUUGAGCCACUUGAAGGGCCAGGUGCAUCGAAGUGCCGUCGGAGGAGCGUGCGUGAACACGGAUGAAAUGGGCCUGUUCAACCUUGCGCACAUCGUGGACGCGCCAGAUGACGAAGUGUACAAGACCAAGGUUCGUCUGGAUGUCGACCGACAGAAGGCGUGUCGGAAGCGAUGCGGCAAGUUGCGGAGCCGAAUGCAUCAGAGGGCGCAGGACUUUUCCCAGUGGCUGUCGAAUGCCACUGGCGACACCAAACUUGUCAAGUCCAAGGAUCCGGAUGAAAUCAAGCUUUUGCGAUGCGUGAAAGACGUGGAGAAGCUGGUGGCGUCCCAGGCUGGAGGAAGGAGUCGGGAGCGUCCGGGUAGGCAGGAGCGUCCGGCCGGACACUCUCACCUAGUUGGGAGCGUCCGACCCCCGGUCCAGAGUGUCCGGCCCCCAGGCAGGAGCGUCCUGACGCCAGUCGGGAGCGUCCGGGAUUGA